UUUACUCUUUCUAAAUUAUCCGCCGGCCUUCCGCCAUAUUAGUUUCGAUUGGUGACUGUGUCUGUGGUCUGUUGAAUUUUCGGUUUCAAUAUUAAUAUUUUGUUAUUAACAGUGAACUGUUUAUCAAAUCACUCAGUAAGACUAGAGGAAUAUGCCUGGACGAUCUCCUCAUCGCCGCUCGACACCACCUCCACCUUUGAUCUCUCGUCACUCCCCAUCUCGGGGGAGAAUAUCUCGACCCAGUCCUGACAGACAUCGUCUAGAAAUGGUUUCAACAAGUCGUGGACGUGAACGUAGAGAAUACAGACCAUCUGUCAGGAGAAGCAGAUCACCAGUUCCAUCUAAAGUUCGUUCAUUUUCACCACCACUGAAAAGAAAAGGUUCACCAAACAGAGAGAGAGAAAUUCCUCAGAGAAGAACUAAAAUUAGCAAAAGUCCUGUUGGCUCAAGAGGAGGGUCAGACCACGGAACCUACAUCCCUGCAGUGACAGAACCUGACACUCAUUCUGUGCGGAAUGUAUCUGAAUCCGAGAGGUUCCGAGAGAGGAAUUACGACGGAGAAAGGGAUCGAGCUGGGCCUCAGUUCAGAGGCCCUGAAGGUUCGAUUGACUUUGACAUCAGUGAGCUGAAGAAGUUUACUAUAGAAAUAAUAAGGAAAUCUACUGGAAGUAAUGAUGACACCAUCAUUAACAGAACGAUAACAAAUCCAGAUGAUAUAGCUCCGGUUCGCCGUCCUGGAACGAGAGGAAAUGACAGACAUAACAUUCAACAUUCUCCCCAAUGGAUGAAUCGAGAAGAGUUUAACUUCAAUCAUCAAAAUGAAGGUGCUCGCCCACUUUUCCUACGAGCAGAAGCAUCUGCCAGCGGAAGCAAGGACAGAACUACGCCUGUAGAUGAAUACCGAAGGAUAGUGGCUAUUGAUCCUUCAAGAGUUACAGGAUCUCAUGAAAGAGAACGCUCACGUGAAAGACCAAGGUACUCUCCUGGCCCCUAUGAGGAGAGCAGAAGAACAUACUACCCUGAGAGGCCACGUAGCCCAUAUGAGUCCCGACGCCGCUCACCAGUACCAGUACGAGAACGAGAAGAUUAUUUGGAACCUAGAGAAAAACCUCGUGAGAGAAGGGCCAGCAGCAGAGAAAUGUUACGACGCGAUGUUGAAGUAAGAAGACGUGAGGAGCGAAGAUACUCACCUGAGAGAGGCAGCUAUGAACGAGACAGUGACUUAAGAGCACGUAUCAAUGAAAAGCGCAGUGAACCCCACGUGAGAGAAGAGAGAGAACACUCAUCUAGACGGUAUGAAAAUGACAAAGAGAGACAUGGGCGUCCACACCAUUCUCCUGUGACUAGAGAACGAAGGCGAACAGGAUCUGUAGAACGUCAUGAAGGGUCUCGGCCCAGCCGAGGGGAGCAGUGGGAGCGGGAGGGAGGUGAGCGGCGGAGGCGACACAGCCGGGAGCGAGAGGACAGAGGCCGUGAACGCUAUGAACACUCAGAUGAUUAUGAGGAGAGGCGACCAUCUUCUUAUAAGACUGAUUAUGAGCCUAAGAAGUUUUACAGAAGCUACGAGGAGAAGGAAUUUGUUCCACUGCCAACUCGUGGUAGGGGUGGACCUCCCAUGCGCCGAGGGGUUCCCCCUAUCAUGCGUGGCAGAGGCAUUGUCCGUGGCAUCAACAGAGGGUUUCGUGGAAUCAUGGUUCCUCGUGGUGUUCCUAGAGUUCCUUUUCUGGGGAUGCGGGGAUUCCCUCCACGAUUUUUUCCUCCCUACUGAGCGAUCUUCAACGUCAAGCUGGUUAAAAACAUUUAUCUGUGCUUUACUAUUACUUUUCAUAACCUGUAGAUUUGUGUUUUCAAACACAUUAAAAAUAUAAUAAAAUAUUUGUUGACAUGAAACAUGUGAAUCAACCCAAAAAACAUGGGUGUUGUAUGUGAACAAAAACUUGUCAUUGUCACCAAUUUCUUUCCUUGGUUUUUGAAAUAAUAAGAAACGCAAAUAAAAAAAAACUCCCUGUUGUCAUACUUUAUAAGUAAACUAAGGUAAUAAAACUGGAAUAUAAUUAAUAAAUGCGUCAUUAGUAAAUAGUUAAGUUUUGUAUACAUUUGUCACAACAAAGAUUUUUGUUGUCCUUUUUAUUGGUGUAUUGUUUUAUUAAGUGGAUAUGUAGUUUGGCUGAACAAAGUAUCAUUUUAAAGGAGUAUCUGCUAAUAUUUUGUAUUUCCCAUACAAGUACAAUAAACUCUCAACUAUCCAUAGAGAUGGCUAGUACAGAUAACAUGAAUAAUCUGCUUUCAAUUUAUAUGUACAGUAUUACAAUAAAAGAACAUAAAGUAUUAUUUAUAGGUACCAAAUAUGAAUGUCACGCCCUAACAAUUGUGCUCUGUAAAUAAUCUCAUAGCACUACUUUCUGUACAUAGUUCUAUACACAGUACUCUAUUGUAGUUUAAUUCUUCCAUCAUUUCUGAUCAUUUUUAAUAACUAAAAAUAUUUAGAAAACACUUAUAGAUUUAACACUUAAAGAGUAGAGUUUAGUGAGAUUGUAUCCCUCUGUAUACUGACAGUUUUACACAUGUAGUCUCCUCCAGACUAUGGCCGUAGCUUCUACAGAUACAAUGUUUACUGCUGUGGACUGAGAGUUACCUAUUUUAAAUAUUAAUAUAGAAAGCAAUAUUUCAUAAACAUGGAUGAAAUCGUGUCAUGACAUAUUUGUUGAGAAGAAUAAAUAAAGUUUCAAUGUAAUAAAACAUGUAAGACCUUAGAUUAAUUCAUAUAUUUAUUAAUAGUUAAAGUUGCAAAAUUACUUCAAAAUCACAUUUUUUCAUAAAAUGUACUAGUAAAUAAAUUUAAUUAAAAAAUAAAACUGUAUUAUAAGUUCUAAAAGUCAGUCGCUGUAGAUGCUUUGGUGUGAUAAUAGAAAAACAUUGAGGAAUACAUUUAUUAACACCGGUAACACUCCAAAUAGAAACCUUCCCAUUACUCUAUGUACAGGUUGCCAGCCCCAAAGAAAACUUUUUCCUGGUAUCACAAAGAACUCAAAUUUAAACAUGUAAAGCAGUGCCCGGAUAUAUAAGCAAUAAGUUUAACAUUGAAAUAAAUUUUUUAAAUGUAGUCCCUAUGGGAAUAAUCUCCGGGAAUGGAGACUAUGAGUAAAAACUUCAGUCCUGAGAAGAAAAUAAUCCACCUGUAAGGUCCUACAACCAUAGUCUGGUCAGAGACAACACGUGCAAAUAUGUCAUUCCCUUGUCAUCAAAUUGUUAAUACUUUCAUAAACUUACAAAAUUUAUUUCAGUUUAUAUUUUAAUAUACAGUGUUUAAUGGAAAUGUCACAGAUAGUCUGUAAUGGGAAUAAACAAUCCGUGAAUAAUUGAGAGUUUACUGUAAAUGUUUAUACACUCUUACUUUCUUGUUUGAAGCAUUUUUUAAGAUUUAAACUUCUGUAUUAGACUUCUUUCUUUGUGAGAAAACUAAAGUUAAACGGUCUAAUAUUAUCCAUGUUUAUCCAAUGUGAUUGGUUAUGAAUUGAAAGGAGUUUAAUAAAUAGAUGCUUUGUACCAUGAUUUUUUCAUAUGGAAGAAAAUUGCAGAACUGAUAGACAAUAUUGUGGUUCGGUACCAGGUAUCGGAAGAGCCAAAGUGUUUGUGUUUAUUUCUUUCAUGGUGUUGUAAUAUUGAUCCUGUCAAUCCAUACAUGUAUGUACUCUAAUACUUUACUGAUGGUGGGCUUUUCUAAUCAACUUGUGUAAAAAGUGUCUUACUAAUAAUAUUUUUAUGUUGUAGGAACCAUAAUAUUAAAUUUACUUAAUAGAAAUAAGGCAAAAAUCAUCUAAAUUAAGUUUUUUUUAUGAAAUGACAAAUACAACACCAAAAUUUAUAUGUAAAUACUUAAUUUGUAAUUAAAACAUAUGUAUUGUUUUUCUCAUCUAUCAAAUUGAUUUCUUAUUCUAAAUGUGACAAAUGAUUUUGAAAGGGAUUUUUGUUGUCUUAACAAUAUUUGAAAAACUAUUCUUAUUUUCUUACUCAGCUCCAGUAAAAUAAGAAAGUUCUUUUCCUAUCAAAAAGUCAAAUUAAAUGUUGUCUUAAUGCUUGUAAAUUUUAAACAUGAUAUAAAUUCUAAUGGUUGUUUACUAUUCCACAAUAUCAAUCCAGUUAAAAACAGUUCCAGCAAGUUACCUGACACGGAGUUCAUGAUAUGUUAUUUUUAUAUUUUCGUCAUGUUUAACAGAACAAAUCUUGUACAAGUAUACAUGAGAAGAUGUGUAUGUUUCAACUGUGCAAUUCUAAGUUAAUUAUAUAUUUCGUUUUCAUAUCAUACAAAACUUCCUUUUUACACUAUUUUUAGAUUUAGUUAUACUUUUUCUUAUUUAAAACGAGUUCAUUAUUUAAAAUUUCGCUAAAGAAAUUUUUAUCUGAAUUUCAAUUUUGUGAAUUGUAACAAAAAUGUUGUUUUCCUGUAUUUAAGUUACUUUGCAUAAUUUUGUUUUGUUACCAAUAUUUGAAUUGAAAUUAAAUCAUUAAAAUACCUA